AUGUCUACAACAACUGGUGCGUUCAUCGCCGGAGGCAUCGCAGCAUGCGGUGCUGUCACCGUCACCCACAGUUUCGAGACAGUCAAGAUUCGGUUACAAUUGCAGGGUGAAUUGCAAGCGAAGGGUGACGUGACGAAGAAAUACCGAGGCGUCUUACACGGCGUCAAGGUUAUUCUGCAGAAUGAAGGCCCCAAAGGCCUAUUUCGAGGCAUUGGUUCUGCCUACAUCUACCAGGUUCUGCUCAAUGGUUGCCGUCUUGGAUUCUACGAGCCGAUCCGCUCUACCGUCACCAAUGCCAUUUACAGCGACCCAAAGAUCCAGUCCCUUGGCGCCAACGUAUUUGCCGGUGCCGCCUCCGGAGUUAUCGGUGCCGCGGCAGGCUCGCCCUUCUUCCUAGUGAAGACACGCCUGCAAUCUUACUCGCCUUUCCUCCCUGUCGGUACUCAGCACCAUUACAAGAAUUCGUUUGACGGCCUGAGCAAGAUCUACAACAGUGAAGGUGUCAAAGGCGUGUACCGAGGUGUCGGCGCAGCUAUGAUUCGCACGAGUUUCGGCAGUGCUGUCCAGCUUCCUACAUACUUCUUUGCUAAGCGCCGCCUGACCAAGCACCUUGGCAUGCAAGAAGGACCUGCCCUGCACCUUGCCAGUAGUGCAUGCUCUGGUUUCGUCGUAUGCUGCUUCAUGCACCCUCCUGACACUAUCAUGGCUCGCAUGUACAACCAGACUGGUAACCUGUACCAGGGCGUAUUUGACUGCCUACUUAAGACCGUCCGCACCGAAGGAUUCCUGGCUAUCUAUAAGGGUUUCUUUGCCCACCUGGCCAGAAUCUUGCCCCACACCAUCUUGACUCUCAGCUUGGCCGAACAGACGAACAAGCUGAUGCGCCGCGUCGAAGACCGGGUCCUGCCUGACUCAUUCCGCGAAAAGCUUUAG